GCGGCGCUCGGCCCUUCGCGGCCGCCGUAGGGUGGGGGGGCGAGUACGGUGGCCGCAGAGUUAGUGACUGUGGGGCGGCCGGCUGCGGGUCCGCCAUGGGCAACCUGUUCGGCCGCAAGAAGCAGAGCCGGGUCACCGAGCAAGACAAGGCCAUCCUGCAACUGAAACAGCAGCGGGACAAGCUGAGGCAGUACCAGAAGAGGGUCACACAGCAGCUGGAGCGUGAGCGGGCACUGGCCAGGCAGUUGCUGCGGGACGGCAGGAAGGAACGGGCCAAGCUGCUGCUCAAGAAGAAGCGGUACCGGGAGCAGCUCCUGGACCGGACAGAGAACCAGAUCAGCAGCCUGGAGGCCAUGGUUCAGAGCAUUGAGUUCACCCAGAUUGAGAUGAAGGUGAUGGAGGGGCUUCAGGUGGGGAACGAGUGUCUGAACAAGAUGCAUCAGGUGAUGUCCAUCGAGGAAGUGGAGAGGAUCCUGGACGAGACACAGGAGGCUGUGGAAUACCAGAGGCAAAUCGACGAGCUGCUGGCUGGAAGCUUCACGCAGGAGGAUGAAGAUGCCAUCUUGGAGGAGCUGAAUGCCAUUACUCAGGAACAGUUAGAGCUCCCAGAGGUCCCUUCGGAGCCCCUUCCUGAGACACAUCCAGAAAAAGCUCCUGUCAAGGUCAGGCCCAGACAGGCAGACCUGGUGGCAGCCUCCUAACGUGGCCCUGGCAGGACUUGAAGGACACCCCGAGAUUGGCCUACAGAGUCUGGGUGUGGCGGCCAGCAUGGAGCAUGCAGCUGGGUGGGGCCAUGGCUCCACGAGGCUUGGGCGGCUCCAGACGGUCCCCUCGCUGUUCGGUCUGAACUGCUGGCCUCGCCGUCUUGCUCCUGCUUCUGGAUUAAAGGACAACGUGCAAUCCUCAGCCCGGCCCGGCUCGGAGAGGCCAUGGUUCCGCAGUGGCCGUGGCCUGGCCCUGUGUCCUGGUGCUGUUCACUGCUGCCCGGCUCCAGUGGCCUGUGCUCUCCCCGGGGGAAGCUGCCAGCUGGCCUUGGGGUCCCUGUGCUUCUUUUUCACUUCUUUGUUGCUCCCUUUAGCUGGUGAAGGGCUUCACUGAAAGGGCCCUGUCUCACCUGGCAUUAGUUUCCCUGUGUGUCAGGACCAGAAUGCCUGGGAACCAGCACUGCCGACCGUCCCAGCACCCAGACUCAAGCCUCUGUCGCUCAGUGGAGGCGGGCCGUGGUCCGGCACUGCUGGAUGGAGGACCACAGGAGUCCCAACUUCACCCUGUGUCUGCAGGCCUGUGCACCCUGGCCCGGCCCUGCUGAGGAAGGACACCUGAAGGUGGUGGUGAGAUCCAGCUCCAUCAGGUGUGGCCCCGCCGUGUACCUUGGGAAUGCCACACCCUUGUCACCAGCUCCUGAGCCAACAACAGCCAGGGCAGGAGGCACAGAGCCUGGAAGCAAUGCCUCAUGUGUGACCCUUGUUUGCUCGCUGGACAAUCUCACUGGUGUCUUGCUGACCUGUGAGCAGCAUGAGGGCAGUGGCCAAAGAGAGCUCUCAGCACCUCCCGGGCAACCAGGAGCAGAGGGGAAACUCUUGCUCUCCCAGACAGGUCAGCCUGUAUAUUAAAGUUGACCCCUGUGUGGCCUGUGCCUCCUGGACUGGGCGUUUCUAUGUCCCGAGGUGGCUCCGGCUACACAGGCAGCUUGGGAUGAAGCCCUGACUGGGCACAGGUGGGGACAUAGGCAAGGACCACAUGUCCAGCGGAGGUACAGCUUCUGGGCUCUUCUGCUGGUGGACAGAAGGCAGGCCAGUUCUUGGCAGCUGAGCCUGACAGUCACUCUGAACGGUGCCUCCUUGCAGGCAGGGUGGUGCUCUGGCCACUCUGAGAAGAUACCUGGCUGCCUUUCAGGGGUCAGUGGUUUCCAGUGGUCCCCGUGGCUGAAGGUGUGGUCUGAGAUUUUUUGCCAUGAGGGUGGGCAACUGGUUCAGAGUCCUGAUGCCUGGUGGGACCCAGGAGCCCGGGAAGCAACCCCACUCCCAUACUGCAGCACCAUGGGGUGCUGGCCAUAUUCCCAGGGCUCCUGGUUUCUCAGAAGCUGAGACCUAGGUGUCCAGGGGAGGGACACCUGCUGGGGACCCAGAGGGAACUAGGCGCCGCCCUAUGGUCACUCAUGUCUGCGUCUGCCAGGAGGGCACUCAUGUCUCUGCCUGCCAGCCUCAAGGAGAUUCUGCAGAAAAUGCUUGGGCUCUACUCUGCUUGUAGUACCCUAAGGGUAGUCAGUGAGGCCUGGGCCAGGCCCACAGCCUGCCCCUCUGCAAGUCCCAGGCAUAUGUGGAGGAGGCUGAGGGCCCAGGCUUAUAGACAGGAGCACAGCUGGACAGGCCACAGCGGAUGUCCAGGCAUUGUCACAGCCUCACCAGAUCCCUCUCUAGGGUGGACCCUUUUCCUGCCUCUCUCCUGCAGGAGCAUGGCCGAUGUCACAGGAUAGGCUGGCUGCUGGUGGCAUUUUUCACUGUGGACUGCCUUCAGCCCAAGCAAGCUGCUGUCCACGGUGCCCUGGCGUGAGCCACAUGGGUACAGCUGGGAGCAGCAAGAAGAGGACAGGAGAACCACAUCCCCUCCCCAGGUUGUCAGUCUUUUAAUCUCCUCGCAGCCUAGACCACCCUUGAGCAGAUUCCCUGACUGCUCAGUGUGCCUGCUUUACAGCUUCUUGUUUGGUCCUGGGGCUGGUGGCAGCUCCUGCCAACCAGCAGGAACCCAGCACCAGCCAGGGCCUGGCCUGCCUGCCUUCCAGUGUGGGUGGGUACAUGGCCCUGACAGUCACAAGUCAAAAUUAAGUGCACCGACCAAGGCAGCGCUGGAAUCCUGCCUGAGAGACUCCCUGAGGUGUGGGUAGAUGAGGAAGAGGGGUACCCUGUGGGUACCUGAUGGCAUGCUUGGCAGCAGCACCCAUGCCAGGAAGGUGCAGAGGGGCAGGAGAGACCCCUGGAGCCACAAGAGGCAGCAGCUUUAAGGAUGCCGGGGAAGCCCUAGCUAUGGUGGCUCCUGCAAAAGCGCACCACAGCCCUGGCUCAGGUGGGGACAGUGAGAAGUGACCCAGGUCUCCAAGGUUCCCAUGGGUAGCAUGGAAAGGAGAAUAGCGUGGGCUGGAGGGGAGGGAAGGGCAGGCGCAGGGUGUCCUGGUGGACCAAGGAGGGACAGAUUGUGAUCCUGACUUUGGUCCUGCAUGAGGUUGGGGGGUGCUGUCGGCAUCCAUCCUUGCCUCCCCUCAGUUGCUCCACCUGUGACAGGCAUGUGCCCGGCAGUGUGGACUCACUGUGCGCUCUCAGGGACUCAAGCUCUGUGCUGCUGUGGACACCUGCAUACACAGCGCUGUGAGCAGGGUCCUGCUGGCUCUGCAGGCCUAGAACCCACAGUAUGGGCGUCCUGCCUGGCCUUCAAGUUUUGUCACCAAUGGGGCAAGGAGAAGGCAAGGGUGCCCCUUUGUGAGGGCAUCUCCUGAUCUGAGAGCCAGGCCUCUUGGCCUUUCAAGUUCUGAAAGUCCCAACCUUGGCUCAGCCUGCUGGUGCUCGCCUGUAAUCGGCACUCUGGAGGCUGAGGCAGGACAAUUAAAGUUCUAGGCAUUUGAGCAACCUGGUGAGCCCUGCCUCAGAAUGUAGAAGGGCUGAGUGUGUGGUUCGAUGGCAGGCUGUGUUCAGCCCGCAGUGCUGGCAGGGGAAGGUUCCAACCUUUAACUGCCGUCAGGACAGCCAGCAGAAAAUGUGCAGAGAAUGACCUUCAGAGCCUGUGGACAGCUGCCCGGGCACCUCCAUGGGUGCAGAACAAUCGAAACAACCUUGGUUAAAUGUUGGGAGCCGCAGCCCCGAGCCCGGUCGCCUCACUUGGCGGACGUGAGGCCUGUAGUAAAGAGUGAGGCCUGAGGUAGAUUACCCCUCCCAUCGAAUAUGCUAGUUUCCUGCUUACCGCGUAAACAACCCGCUCAACAAUAUAGUCUGCCUGGCAACUGAUGAUGUUAGCCAAUCAGCUUGCCUUGCUUACUUUAACAUGAUUGGACACUGUACCCGUAUAUAUACUGGUGCCACCCCUGGGAGGAAGUAGAAGCCAGGUAGAAGCCCGGAAGUAGAAGCCCAGAAGGAGCCGCAGAGAGCGGACCGAUAGAGGCUUCGGGGCAGACUGAAGCACAAGAGGAGCCGCGGAGAGCGGACCAAAGGAGGCUUCAGCUGGGAGAACCCAGGGCAGGCUGUACGGAGAAGAAGAAUAAAAAGAAAAGGUUGUCCACUACCAGACUGUGUCGUGUGUCCUUCCUGCCGGCCGGGAGCGGACAUCGACAUUUGGAGGCCCGCCCGGGGACUGAUCACCCCCGAGACGUGACAGUGGACAACGCUCCAGUACAGAGCUGCGAGACAGGUGAGUUGGGGAUAAGCCUGGGCUCUGGGUGGCGCGCACCUACAGGGCUUUUAGACUCCCCUCAGGCUCACGCGUAAGUGGCGGAUUCCUUGGGCCUCACGCGGUGAGUAACAUAUUAAAAAAUGGGAAACAUGCUAGGUAGCGGCACUAAGAGCGAGGGUGGUUGUGGAGAAAGCUCUCAAGAGCUUACAAAAGUAUGCAGGGUAUCUGAGCAGGCCCAGUCAGGGAGCUCCCGAGAGGGGUCCGUCAAGGGGAACAAGGAUGCUAAGGAGGAGGACGGGGCUCUAGCCUCGGAGUCGUCUGACUCCGAGGACGAGGGAAAGUUGAAUGGCAAGGAGGCCAAAGAGACCAGCUGUCAGGAGCCUAAGUCGCUCAAUAAGGAGUCGCAGGGUUCUUUUCCAGCGUUGCCCCGCGAAUUGCGCUCUGCUCAACCUGGUCUGCGGAGGAGUAGAGAGCUCCUGAGUGCGCCCCGGCGCGAGAGGGAGGCGAAGCCUUCCGCCCCACCUUGGGGGCCGUUUCCGGAGGCGAUCCCUCGCCGCGGGGCGGCCGCCCGGGAGCUCCCUUCCUCUUCGCCAGAACAGGAAGUGAUGCACGGGCCCCCAUUUUCCGCCCAAUCACGGCCGUUGUUUUAUGCUCCGCCGCCGGCGGAUCGGUAUUUUCACAGGUGGCUUUGGCAGGGGAGACGCUUGUUUCAUGAGGUACAUCCACCACCUGGGAUGGAUAGUGACCCCUAUGGGAUAUUUCCUGUACAAGUGGCUAUAGGCCAGGGACGCAAUGUACGGGAGCCUUUUGAGAUAAAGCAGAUUAGAGAACUUAAAAAUGCAGUUACAACUUUUGGGCCGACUGCGCCUUACACCAUUGCCAUGCUGGAGAACCUGUCUUCUGGGCCCCUCACCCCCGCGGACUGGAUUCAGCUGGCGGGGGCGUGUCUGCCCUCGGGUGGUUACCUGGAUUGGCGAGCCUGGUAUGCAGAGUCCUCUGCAGAGCAGGCUGAGAGAAACGCCAAUCGGGGAGACCGGGGGUGGAACAAGAGAAUGCUUGUGGGAGAGGGUCGGCGCGCUGAUGGUCAGACUCGGUUCCCCGGCGCUCUCUGGCGGGGAGGAGAUAGAGAGCCAUCCGCUCCGCCCUGGAGCUCUUUUCUAAAAGCGGCUCCCCGCCGAGAGGCCGCCACAGGAAACCCUCCCUUCCCUCAGCCGGCACAGGAAGUGACGCCCCGUUUCACUCUGUCGCGACCGCAGUCUUAUGACGUCGCGCCGCUGGGCAGACGGUAUUUUCAUGGGCGGCUACUCUGCCGAGCAGGCUGAGAAAAACGCCGGUCGAGGAAAAAGGGGCUGGGGAUUUAGCUCAGCGGCUUAAGCGCCUGCCUUGCAAGUGUGCAGUUGUUAGUUCGAUCCCUGGUACCAAUAAAAAAAAAAAAAAAAAAAAAAAAAAAAAAAAAAAAACGAAAAAGAUAAAAAUAAAAAAUAAAAAAUAAAAAACAAAAAGGGGGAGUAAACCCUCGAGGUUUGAUCCCUGGUGAUGUUUGGCAGAUGGACAUCACACAUAUACAGGAGUUUGGGACUCUUAAAUAUGUUCAUGUUUCCACAGACACCUGUUCUCGCGUCAUAUUUGCAACAGCAGAAACAGGUGAAAAAGUGUCUAAUGUGAUCAAUCAUUGCCUGGCGGCUUGGGCCGCAUGGGGCAAACCAAAAAUAUUAAAAACUGAUAAUGGACCAGCCUAUAUAGGCAAAGCUUUCAAUGAGUUCUGCAAAAUGAUGGAGGUUCAAUUAAAACAUGGUAUCCCAUACAAUCCCCAAGGUCAAGGAAUCAUUGAGAGGGCUCAUAGAAGCCUCAAAGAAAUUUUACAAAAACAAAAAGGGGGAGUAGGCCAAGGCCUGGCCCCAAAGGCACGAUUAUCCAUGGCACUAUUCACACACAAUUUUUUAAAUUUAAAUAAUGAUAAUCGCUCCCCAGCUGUGGAGCACUGCAACCCUUCCCCCAACCAUAAAGGGUGGGUGAAGUGGAAAGAUGUCCUGACAGGACAAUGGAUGGGCCCGGAUCCAGUGGUCAGCUGGAACCGAGGCGCGGUUUGUGUUUUCCCACAGGAACUGGGACGAGAACCACUGUGGAUACCGGAGAGACUGACACGGGCAACAAAGCCCUCGACUGAAGAUCAGACCUGCCCUACUGGAGAUCCAUCACAGACCAACCAACAAGAUGAAUAGAAAUAGCGGUAGCCCGAAAUGGACAAAAAGAUCCUCAGGCAUAUGCAUGGCUUGCUCGAUUGGCCCACGACCGAGUCUAGAUAUGGCGGGCAUCCUUCAUUCUCCUCCAUAAGGUGACAAUACACAGCAGGGUAGAUGAGUCAAUGACGGGUAAGAGCGUGCCUCCCCAGCACGACUCGACCUAAGCCAGGCCCUACCCCAUCCUGCACGUAAGCCGCUGGACUGUUAGAUGCUGCCCAGGUCUAAAUUUCUCUCCAAGGGGAUUUCUUUACGGAGAGGAAAUGAGUGCAAGCUUGUGUGCAUCCAGGUUCCGUCCAGUUUGUGCCUGGCCCUAGAAAAAGGACGAGGGCCUCAGGGCCUUGGCAGACCAUGGGACGGCCGACCAGGGUCUAAGCCAAGGACCUACGGUGGGCCUACGCAUAGGGCAUAAGCCUCUGCACCCAGUCCAGGAAGGGCUACGAUGCGCACAUUCAUAAAAAAUAAAAAAGGGGGAGAUGUUGGGAGCUGCAGCCCCGAGCCCGGUCGCCUCACUUGGCGGACGUGAGGCCUGUAGUAAAGAGUGAGGCCUGAGGUAGAUUACCCCUCCCAUCGAAUAUGCUAGUUUCCUGCUUACCGCGUAAACAACCCGCUCAACAAUAUAGUCUGCCUGGCAACUGAUGAUGUUAGCCAAUCAGCUUGCCUUGCUUACUUUAACAUGAUUGGACACUGUACCCGUAUAUAUACUGGUGCCACCCCUGGGAGGAAGUAGAAGCCAGGUAGAAGCCCGGAAGUAGAAGCCCAGAAGGAGCCGCAGAGAGCGGACCGAUAGAGGCUUCGGGGCAGACUGAAGCACAAGAGGAGCCGCGGAGAGCGGACCAAAGGAGGCUUCAGCUGGGAGAACCCAGGGCAGGCUGUACGGAGAAGAAGAAUAAAAAGAAAAGGUUGUCCACUA